AGUGGCCGUUUUACGCAUACCUUGAUCAGCUCCGUCCGGCGCCAUGGGCCGCGUCUUCCAAGCUGCGUGUGCAUGUGCUGGGGUGGAAAUCAAGAGCUUUGGCAGUCCCAUGCAGCUAACGAACUGCUGGUGUAACGCUUGCCGCGCCUCCACCGGCAACGUCCCUGCAGUUUGGGCAGCGUACCCGCUGUCUCAGACGUUGUUCACAUCCAGCAAGACGCUGCGCGUAUUCCGGUCUGGGCCCAGCAGUGCGGACAGAUAUUUUUGCAGUGGGUGCGGAAGCACUGUGGCGAUGUUGUACCACCAGGGCUCUGUGUGGCCGGAGAAACACACCGUGUGGCUGGCACGGCACUUUGCGAACAUUGAGCAAGGCGGCUUUGACGAAAUUCACAUCUACCAUGACCAGGACGAUCCCUCAUGCGAAGUGCCGCCUGCAGAUGAAUUUGUGAUGCCCACGGGGCCAAGGCAGGACCAAGGCUCUGUUGCACCUGUUGCGAGUGGGGAGGAGGCAUGCGUACGCAUCUUCGAUCAGCAGGGAGAGCUUCCGUUUUCCAGCUGGGUGGCAGUGAGCAAGGUACCAGCCUGGGUCAGUGAGUCUUCAAGUUGCUGUGAAUGAGCAAAGAACGGCCUUGCUGCGUGCGCCUGUUGUGGGGGGCUGAGACGUGCAUACGAUAUGCAUCUUCGAUCCUCGGAUAGAGCUGCCCCUUUUCGGCUUAAGGUGCCAGAAAGGCUCGAGAUGUUGCAAAUCAGCGAAAAAGCCA